AUCAGUUGUCAGUCAAUUGCUGAUUCUACGUCGUUGACGGUUGGAUGGACUUGCUGUCCGUUGAACAUUGUUUAUUCAUUGUUUAACUUAAAUUCUAGUUCGGCAAUUAACUAACGAUAAGAUAAAUACCAGAUUUUCAAGCGGAUUUGAUCCUCAUCACAAUGGAAGCUCUAAUUAGCAAGCAUUUGGACCAUUUGGGCUUUGUGGACUCGACAAUCCAAAUGGCGGACGCGACCCAUCCCACGACGAGGGUUAAUCCCCACUUUUUGCGGAUCGAAAGGGUGCAGAAUCCUAAGUGGAGUGCCCUCCUCAUCAAGACGCAGGUUUGCCGAAGCUAUCCCAGAUGGGCAAACGUUGGAUUGGUUCCAACCGUGAAGCCGUUUACAAUUUAUCUCGGCGUACUUCUCGACCGAACCAACCCGGCUAAUAAACGGGUUCUGAUCAUUGACACGACAAACGCCCACUUUUACGAGGACGCUGCCACCAUUCCACCCGAGUCGCGGAUCUUUGCCGACGUGGGAGAAGAAAUUGUGAAGAACAUCCGUUACGCGGUGAGAUGCAAAUGUGCAUCUGUGGCUGGAUGCACCUGCGGGGACGGGUGGACUGUUGAAUUUCUCCGAUGCAAGGAGUUCAGGAAGAGGGAAGACGUCCCUUACAUGGCAAUGGUGGACGAAUUGGCUUCAGGAGGCUGGCUAAACACCGUCUUUUACCACUACAUUAGCGAAUUCAUGAAAGGGGCGACGAUCACCUCGUUUGGCAAAGAGGACAAGACCCAGCCAACUUAUUGGACUAAUGAGCUGUUUGAAGCCUCCAAGGAGAUGGUGAUAACCGAUGUAUUGUAUGAGAUGGGGUUCGGUGAUAUUGACCCAGCCCUGAAAUGUGGAGCUUGUUUUAAGGAGGAUGUAUUCAAGGAGGGAAUUCUGAAACGAUGUGCGAGAUGCAAAGUCGUCCGAUACUGCUCAGAAAAGUGUCAAAAGGAUGACUGGCCAGAGCACAAGAAAGUUUGUGUGGAGUCCCCUCGCUGAAAUUAGCGUUGACUUUAUCAACCUGGUUUUACAAAUCGGACCGUUACGACCACUCAAUCCAACCUACUUCAAAAAUGACAUAACGA